AUGCAAACAUUAAUUAUAAAUAUGAGCUCUACAAGUCCAGUCCGUGGCGUGAUUUAUUUAUCAAGAAUUCCUCCAUACAUGGGGAAAUCCAAGCUGAGAAAGCUGUUUGCUAAUUAUGGAGAAAUUGAUAGGAUUUAUUUAACUCCUGAACCUGUGGCUAAUUAUGAAAAAAGAUUGAAGGCUGGGGGAAAUAAGCGAAGAUGCUAUGUGGAAGGGUGGAUUGAGUAUCUUAAUAAAAAAGAUGCGAAAAUGGUAGCAUUAAAAUUCAAUAAUGCGACAACUGGUGGAAAAAAACGACACAAUUUUUAUAGAGAUGAUGUAUGGAAUAUUCGAUAUUUGCCGAAAUUUACAUGGGAGCAUUUAGAGCAUAAGAUUGAGCUAGAUAAACAGUUAGCUGAACAACAAGUAAGGAGUGAAGUUACGCUAGCUAGAAAAGCUAAUAAGUUCUUUAUGCAGCAGCUAGACAAAGCAAGGGAGAUAGAAGGAAUCAAGAAAAAGAAAAAGCAAAAGAAAGAGGAAAGUGAAGAAAAGCCGAUUAGAUUUUUCUUAACUUAACUUAAUAUUUACAGGCGUCUGCCGUAGUGUUAACGCAGUCACCAAGGACCCAGUAUUAGGGUUCACCUGCUUUGUGGCAUAGUCCAAACUGGCCAUAUAAACCAGUCACCAGGACAUACACCUCCUCCUUCCCACGGUUUCCCGUGGCUUAGUGUUGAGUGGGCGGGCUAUGGGCUUCUGCAGCUGCUGCUUGAGUUUACGAGAGUUGGCUCUCGGAAAUUCAAAAAAAUGGAAUUCCUGGUCACCUUUCGGCAAAAAGGGAAAUUCCAAGUCCUGGGACGUAACGCCCAGUUUCACGCUAGGUAAUUGCCCGAAUGGUCUAGGCGUUGCCUGUAGACUCUGCUGGGCUUACCCUUUCCAAACCCGGACUCCCUUUCCCCCCCCCGAGGAGAAAAACCAUUCUGGUCAUCGAGCAUGGGCUAGGCUCUGCACUGCAGAAUUGCUUACCGUGGCAUUGUUGCUCAUGUCUGGAAUGGCAAAACCUUGCCGGAUAUAAUUAAAAUAUGAGUCGAGUAUGUAUGGCCGUGAGGCCAUACCCAGACGAAGACGCCAUAUUUUAAUUAUGCCGAUUAGAUUUUUCAAACAAAAAGAUCCAAUUGAAGGUAAUUAA